AUUUCUAUCCGCACCGGCCCGGCCUUCCUCACUCGGCCCUCCCGUCGGACUCCCUCCCAACUCCAGCGCACCCGCGCCGCUCCACAGCCCACUGCAGCCGCCGCCGCCCCGACGGAGCGGAGCGGAGCUCUUCACCCAUCCAGGCGUGGAUUGAUCUCUCCUUUUUUUCGCUGUUUUUGCGCGCUGGAGAAGAAAGAGAACCCUAUCGAGCAACGGAUGCGUGGGGGAAUGGAUUGAGUUACCCAUCGAUAAGUGGUGCGGUGCGGUUUAGUUUCCAACUUUUUUGGGGUUUCAACUGAACCCUCAUCAUCUGAUCCCAGGUUAAGCCCGCCCCUGGCGAGCUACUCCUAUGCCAGUAUUGGUCCCAUUCUUUUUUGGGGAAAAUCAUUUGAUCUUAUGGAAGAAGGCAGGGACUAUUAUGUUGUCAGAAAGGGGGAUAUGGUGGCUGUUUACGGAACUUUGAGUGAUUGCCAGGCUCAGAUUUGCUCUUUGGUAUCUGGUCCUGCUGCAAGUGCCUAUAAGGGUUACUCUUGGAGCAAAGAAAAAGAGGACUACCUCACUUCACAUGGGCUAAGUAAUGCUACAUAUGUAAUCAAUGCAGCUGAACUUAGUGAAGAUAUACUUGGCCCCCUUGCGCCCUGUACUUUCCAGGAGAUUGUUCAUUCUAGUUCCCAUGAACCAACUCCAAGUCAUACAGGCUUCCAUAACAACACAAGAUAUCAGACUGGGUCACAAUCAGUUGAUCUGAACCAUGAAGCCAAAUCUAGCUCCUCCAAGCAUUUCUCACCAAAGAACUUCAAUCAUAGCGGAACUGUUGAUGCACAACCUGUCUCAAAACAAUAUAUGGUGUGUAUUCUUCACUUUGAUGGUGCUUCAAAAGGAAAUCCAGGUAAAGCAGGUGCUGGAGCGGUGCUUAUGACUGAAGAUGGGAGAGUGAUAUUACGACUUCGUGAGGGUCUUGGUGUUGUUACUAAUAAUGUUGCUGAGUACCGGGGCCUGAUCUUAGGACUGAAAUACGCUAUCAGGCAUGGAUUCAAGAGAAUCAAAGUACAUGGGGACUCUCAACUUGUCUGCCAUCAGGUGAAAGGUAUUUGGCAAACGAAGAACCAGAACAUGAUGGAACUGUGCCAGGAAGUGAGAAAACUAAAAGAGAACUUCCUCUCUUUUGAGAUUAACCAUGUUCGACGGGAAUGGAAUGCUGAGGCGGAUCGCCAGGCGAACAUCGGUAUCACUCUUGCAAGUGGUGCCGUAUCUGAGGAGCGUGGUGACGGCUUCUAGUAUUAGCCCUAUCCAAUUAUAACUAGCGUAUGUAGUUAACUAAUUACUACCUCGAUCUAUCCUUUCAUCAAGCUGAUAUAGAAGUCUGAUUUCUGCAUCCAGCUGGAAAUGAUGCAUGUUUAGGGUAAGUACACCUUGAUGCUGAAUGCUCUCCUGUGGGCUGCAUUUUGAAGAACAGUGCUAUGUCUCUUGGUAUAAGCUUCACUUCAUGGGCUUCUAGCGGGCCUCGUUUUAAUGGAUCAUGCAACUGUUGUUAGUGCAAGCUUCAUGUAAUGGGCCCUCAGUUUGAUGAACCAUAUGGUAACGAAAAAAAAUGCUUUGGAA